AGUGAUAAACGCCCGCCGCUCGUGCUUCGUUACGGGAGUGUAUAUUUUAGAACAUAUAUAACAGGAAGUAUAAAUUACUAUUAAAGCUCUCCUGCUCAUAACUUAAUUUCAGUCUUGUUCAAACCAUCGGCAGGACGUCCGACCGUAGAUUUUUCUGCUUGUAAAAUUUUAUUAAUUCAAUAUCAAGAUCAUGGAAGACUUAAGUUUUAUUCCCGAUCUCCCGAACGGGCCCCUGGACGUUUAUAGGAAUGCAGCCUCUUUCAACUGGAAGCGACUUAAAUUAGCCCUCGAAGACAUUGAUCAACUUAAACUCAAGUAUAAAAUAUGGCGUACGCUAGAAAAGGAUCCCCUUUUUGCUCAACCAGCGAUAACGCCUACAGUGGAUGAAAUCAAGAGAUUAACACAGCUGCAGUUAAAGAAGAUUAACGAUUAUAAGUUCAUUCCUAAGGAAGUGUUCAAUGCCAGCUAUAGCAAACGGACGCGAACAAUAAUGACAAUAAACGAGGCCGUUCAAGCUGUAAAUCCAAGUGUUUCCGUGAAGAUGGCAAUCGGGAUAUAUUUAUUUUCGAACGCCUUGCUCUCCCUGGGAACUGAGAGACAUCUGAAGAUUUACGAAGAUACCAUUAAAAAUAGAGAGAUACUAGCUAGCUUCGCUUUGACAGAGAUCGCUCACGGUUCAGACGCGCGUCUCAUGCGCACUACGGCGACCUACGAUCCCGAUAACAAGGAGUUCGUCAUACACACGCCAGACUUCGAGGCAGCUAAAUGCUGGGUUGGUAAUCUAGGUAAGACAUGCACCCAUACCCUAUUAUUCGCGCAGCUGAUAACCCCAGAUGGCACCAACCAUGGCCUACAUGGGUUCGUGGUCCCGGUCAGAGAUCCUAGCACCCUGGAAGCGUACCCUGGACUCAUUGUUGGUGAUAUGGGGGAGAAGAUUGGCGUCAACGGUAUUGAUAACGGGUUCAUAAUGUUCAACCAAUACAGAAUACCGAGGGAAAAUCUUCUCAAUAGAACGGCAGAUGUCACCGAAGACGGCAUUUAUGAAAGUUCAUUCUCAGAACCUUCCAGAAUACUCGGUGCGGCGUUGGAGAACUUAUCAGCUGGUCGCAUCGGUAUAAUGCAAGAGAGCUGCCAGUCGCUCGCCAGCGCUGUCAGUAUCGCGGUCCGAUACGCCGCCACUCGCACGCAGUUCGGCGAACGAGGGCGCGAGACGCCGCUCAUUGAGUACCCGCUACAUCAAUGGCGUCUGUUCGGUCACAUGGCAUCAGCCGUCGUCUUCCGAUUGUACAUACAAAACUUUACAAAAAUUUACUUAAACAUCGUUGAGAAAUCAAACGCUGGACACAGGGUUGAUAAUCUGAGCGAAGCGGUGUCAGAAAUCCAUGCGAUCGUGUCGUGUUGCAAGCCGCUGCUGUCCUGGGGCGCUCUGCGCGCCGCUCAACAGUGUCGCGAGGCAUGCGGUGGACAUGGGUACUUGAAGAAAUCAAACAUAGGCGACAUUCGGAGCAACCACGAGGCCACAGUGACGUACGAGGGUGACAAUAACGUGCUGUCGCAGCAGGCCGGCAACUGGCUGCUGCGGCAGUACGAGAGCGCGCGUUCGGGCGGGCAAGUGGACUCGCCACUGGGCACGCUGACCUUCCUGAAGGACUAUGCGGCCGUCAAGGGCAGGACCUUCGACUGUAAAACUACAAACGACCUUAAAAACCCUCAGUUCAUAUUAUCAACGUACAAAUGGCUACUAUGCUGGCUACUAAAAUAUACAUAUGAGAAAAAUGAAGCCGAACUAGCUAAAGGACUCACCAAAGUUCAAGCGAGAAAUAACUCCCAAGUGUACAGAUGGAAAAACUUAACAAAAGUAUACGCAGAGUAUCUAACAAUGACCUUCUGUUUGGAAAACAUUGAAGCAAAGGAAAAAGACUUGCAGCCAGUCUUAAUGAAAUUUUUCUGUCUUUAUGGUCUUUCAACAAUCGACGAAAAUUUAGUGGAAUUAUAUCAGGGUGGUUUUUCCAAAGGGGAGGAAAUGGCGAGAUUAGUUCGGGAUGCUUUAAUGGAAAUGUGCGCUGAUGUAAAAGCAGAGGCCGUUAGUGUCGUAGAUGCGCUUGCGCCGACUGAUUUCGUUUUGAAUUCGGUUUUAGGGAAGAGCGAUGGGAAGCUAUACCAAAAUCUCCAAAAAGUAUUCUUCAGUGAACCUGGAGCGUUUACGAGACCAGCUUGGUGGCGCGAAGUAAUACCGUCUUCUAAACUGUAAGAAAUGUAUACAUAUUGACUAUAUGUAUGUAACAUCAUGUAUAUAUGUAUAAGUAAAUUAAUAUCUAUUUUGUUACCCGAAGAAAUAAUGUAUGUAAAUAUUAAAGGAAAUCAUAUUUUAUUGAUAAAAGUUUUGUAAAUUAAAAACAGAACUUUAUUAGGUUUUAAAAUCUCUCACUAAAACAUUUUUUUGCUAUUCGAAAUGUAUAUUUAAAAAAAAAGUAAAUAAGGUAAUGAUGUACUUGAAAGGAAGUGGUACAAAUAUUGACAUAAAAAUAUUGUAGUAAGAACAAAAAUACCAUUUCUUUCUUAGAUUUCAUUCUCAGGAGAUUAUUUCAAAUUACUUUUACGCCAUAUAUAAUACUUAUUGUAUGUUUUUUAUUUAUUUUUAUAAACUUUUAAAAAAUUGUCCCCUUAUUAAUGGCGUAGUACUUCAAAUGUACUUUUUAAACCUUAACUUGGUAAAUUGGAUUUUUUUUACAAAUGAAAUAAUAUACUGCUA